GUUAACGAACCUGAAGAGAGAAAUAUUGCUAGAGCACGCCCUUUGCGAAGAAGGGUUGGGUUGGAAUGCCAUCAUGGCUGUUGCAAGGCCUCUUCGGUUACUUCUGGCGGGCGGUAUACUGCUCUGCCUAUUCUUUAUUUUUCAGCUCUCCAGAUCGACCAACCCCAUCAUCAAACUCGUGGAUCCUUACGAUAAUGGGCUGAUGCAUGAUCCACUGGCUGAUCCUACCGGAGAGCCAGAGGGCCACCUAUGGAGAGCGGAAGGCGAUUCGUACGCUCCUAAUAACCCUAACUCCUCCCGUCUUAAUGCGACCCUCCUCUCACUUGUCCGUAACGAGGAGCUGGACCAAUUGAUCAUGACAAUGAAAGAGCUGGAGAGCACAUGGAAUAGCAAAUUUAACUAUCCUUGGACUUUUUUCAAUGACCAACCGUUUUCAGACGAAUUCAAAAAGCGGACCCAGGCGGAAACGAAGGCAAAAUGCAACUAUGAGAUUGUUCCAAAAGAGCAUUGGGACGUUCCCAAUUGGAUAGAUAUGGACCUAUACAAGGAAUCCGUGGAUAUGCUGAAGGAAAAGGGAGUUCAAUACAGCGGCAAGCUUUCGUACAACCAAAUGUGUCGGUGGAAUAGUGGCAUGUUCUACAAACACCCGGCUUUGGCCAACAUGCAGUACUACUGGCGCGUCGAACCUAAUGUACACUUCUUCUGCGAUGUCGAUUACGAUGUCUUCCGAUAUAUGCAGGACAACAACAAAACGUACGGUUUCACAAUAAAUCUUUACGAUGCUCCGGAAAGCAUUGAGAAUUUAUGGCCGGAAACUGUUAAGUUCCUCGCGUCGCAUUCCGAAUACGUUCAUCCGAACAACGCAAUGGACUGGCUGGUGGACAACAAGCAGAGACCUACACAUAAUCAGAAGGCAAAUGGGUAUUCUACUUGCCAUUUUUGGUCUAAUUUCGAGAUUGGAGAUUUGUCGUUCUUCAGAGGCAAAGCAUAUGAAGAUUAUUUCAAUCAUCUGGAUCGUGCCGGCGGGUUUUUCUACGAACGAUGGGGUGAUGCGCCCGUACACUCCGUGGGCUUGGGUUUGUUCGAAGAUAAAAAUAAAAUCCACUGGUUCCGCGACAUUGGCUACAAUCAUAUUCCAUACUUUAACUGUCCAAAUUCUCCGAAAUGCAAGGGCUGCACUCCUGCAAAAUUCUAUUCCGGGGAGCCGUUCUUACAACUCGAGGAUUGCCGGGCAAAUUGGUUCAAGUAUGUUGGGACAGGGUGACCAACAAUACCAUCCGACGGACCUACCGGCAGUUCAUAAGUUGCAUCGCAUACUUAAGACUCUGAUAUAAUUGCGACAAACUGAGUCUCCACUUCCCCAUCAGGCAUGGUUACCCUGGCUCAUAAUAUAUUCUUCCUUUUACCUUCUUGAAAACUUUCCGAUUCCCACUAUCAGAAUCCGGAGAUAUCACAUUUUUGCGGAGUAAUUCGGGCUCCGCGGAUAAGUUUUAGCGACAGGUAUAUACCAGGACACGGCGUUAAUGGGCAUGGCUCCGGACAGUGAAACCUUUGGCGGUAAGGUCUAAUGGUAAUUCUGUAUUUCUUCGAUGAGGGUUGAUUUGAUUUACCCCCUUUCUUCGACGGGAGUGGAUAAAAAUCCCUUGUCCUGUUGACGGCUGCGGAUUGUGGUUUAGCCAUUCAGAGCGUAUGGUAGAUUUGUGUGUAUAUGUUUUAGAUCAAGAUUGCUAUGACAUCUUUAUUUCUUUUUUUUAAUGGUCAAUCUGCGUUUUCUAUUACCCCAUGCCCCAGCGCAUUUCUCUGAGCAGACUUAUGAUUUGAUGGGCAGGCCUUUUCUAUGAAUAGUUGCUGUUGAUGUUUCAGAGUAGAACUGAUAUUGAGAUUUACCAUG